AUGAAAACUCAGGUAAGAGGAAAUGGUGCAUCCAUUUACCGUCAAAAUCCUAGCCUUUUGAACACGCCUCAGGAUUCUAUAACUGGAGCACUCGAAGGAUGCCUUGGUAGUGCCCUUGAGAACAACGAUGUGACUUUGGCUCAGCAAGUCAUGUGGGUGCUUAACAACGUCGCUUCCUCCGUCGGCGACACGAACCAGAGGCUCACCUUAUGGUUCUUGAUGGCACUCAUCUGUAGAGCGUCUAGGGUUUUCCCCAUGGCCAUGGAUUUCAACGGCGGAAGCAUGUUUCAGAGGAGGCUGAUGACUCUCACCGAGCUAGCCAGGUAUGUGGAUUUAAUCCCUUGGCACCGUUACGGGUUCUGUGUAUCCAACAGUGCCAUUUUAAAGGCCGUCCAAGGAUGCACGAAAGUUCUUAUAUUAGAUUUUAGCAUCACUCAUUGUAUGCAGUGGCAUACUCUACUAGACGCACUAGCUAAGAGACCCGAAGGGCCUCUGUCGCUUCGAAUCACGGUGCGUCUUGAGGCCACAAGUUCCUUCUUUGCUCAACAUGCCGCAAGAGAAAGUCGGACACCAAUUGACGAAUUUCGCCAAGUUUAA